CGUACGUUGACGUGCUUCAGUACAAAGCUUGUAUCUGAUCGAUCACACACGCAAAGUACUGCGCGCUUGGCAAGUUUGAACCUUCACAAGCGGCUGCGCAACUGGGCUUAAUCGACCCAAACCCACAUCAUCUGGGUACGGUAUUUAAGCCAGCGAAACGUCAUGAAGCUAGUGAAGACGGUAUCCAAGCUCGCGGGCGCGGCGGUGGGAAUGCUGCCCGCCGGGCAGGCAGGCCUCGCAGUCAAGGUGGCUCUUGGAGUAGCAUUUGCAUUUUGGUGGACCAGCGGGCCAGGCGCUGAUGAGGAGAUGGACGCCAAGGCGCAGCAGGAGCCGGACCGGCGCUCGCAGUACACGCGGCACUACGCAUUCAAGGGCCGCGGGCGCAAGGAGUUCCUACGCUCUGACAUGAAGAAUGACGCGAACGAGCUGGUGCCCACCCGCGGCGCUGCCGGGUUGUAAGUGGCAGUAUCAGUUGCCGCAAGUAGAGCAGCGAUGGGAGAUGAUGUGGUGUGGCGCCAGGCGGCCCGCUAUUCGCUCUACGCCAUAACGGCGGGCAAAUUGCCCGACGUGGCCAGCCUGUCCGUAACAUGGAUUUAGGCUAAAAUGAGCCUCCAGCAGCCUGUAUGUUCGGCGCUGAUGGCUGGGAGAAGGAUCUUAUCAGCACGUGUGUUUUUGUUGCGUUGGCGCCUGAGUCGUUCAUCCUGGCACUGGGGGGAUGAGUAUGUUUACGUGGGACAGCAUGUACAGAUAUGGUUUCUGCAGGCUGACAAGACGUCCGUGUUAGGCGAGGACAAGGGAAAGGGCCGGCACUGUCCAUGCAAAUGUACAAGCAAACAAGAUGUUCAUGUGUCUUGGUGUGUGCGUGCAAUUUGUCUUCCCAUACGAAGUGCUGAUGAAGCACAGCACAGGAUGAGGAUGGGGGAGUGAAGUGUGGCCCCCACAACGGUAUUGCACGAACUUCCGUGCCGGUGCAUGACUACCUGGUAUGCGACCAUUCAUAGCCUCCGGCCUGUCACACAAGCUAUCGGCAUCAAACAUGACGUCGUCCUGACUUGUUCUGGCGCGUGGCGGUUGUAUGGUCGACAUGUCAUUGGUCGCAUGGGUCGUAUGGCGUUGCGAAGUUGAUAGUGUGGGCGGCGCUGGCGUGCGUGUCCGAAAGGUUGUCAGCCGGCGUGCAGGAAACACGGAGACGCGUACCCCUUCCCAAGGGCCUUGGUCUGCAGUAGGUCUGGACGCCCCGGCCCGCAGUCCUGCGUACAUAGGAAUGUAAGCUAGUGUGAAU